AUAUAGUUGAGUUAGGUGGGGAACACCUGACAGUCGCUCACUGUCCUCGGUUGCGGACUCUCACCUCUCUUGUUCGUCACUGUUCACCAGUAAUUAUAUAACUAGCCACGACGUACUACCGUCUUAUCCCUCAGUAUACCUGUUUUGAAGUGUCCAGGAUGAUGAGGUGGGUGGCAGUAGCAUCAGUUGCCUUGGUGACUAUUGCUGUGGCUACAACAGGGAAGACCUCUGUCUCCAACUGCUUCACCGAGAAACGACGCAUCUCCGGAGGUUUCCAGACUGAUCUCUCAGGCAUCAACGGCUUCGGCUUCGACCUCUACAGGCAGUUCUCGUUCAAGAACACGGUCGAGAAUGUCUUUUUCUCCCCCUAUAGCAUCUGGGCGUCCCUCGCUCUGUCCUACUUCGGGUCGGCAGGCAACACCAAGACCCAGCUGGAAGCCAAACUCGGUCUUACGGACAAAACGUCAACAUUGAAGCUGUGGCGAGCGCUUGAAAUGGUGUAUGCUCAGCGAGCAAUCAAGAAUCCUCAUUACACGUUCAGCAUGGCCAGCCGUGUGUACUUCAACAACAACCUCCACCUUCGACCUUGCAUUACCAGCAUCUUCUACAAAGAGCUACAGAGUGUUGACUUCUCCAACAGCCUCAAGAACCUCGGCAUCAAUGACUUGUUCAACAUUAGCUCUGCCAACCUGACGGACUUCGUAGUACAUGAGGUGCUCAGCGUCAGCAAGACUAUCCACAAGGCCUUCGUUGAGGUGUCUGAGGAGGGCACUGAGGCGGCGGCAGCGACGGGGCAGAUUGGUUACACCAGGUUUGGCUUCGGAAAGCCACGCAACAAUUUCCUCAAGUUUCACUGCAACAGACCCUUCUUGUUCCUCAUCUUCGACAAUCAGAUGAAGAAUGUACUCUUCAUGGGCGCCUACAAGCACCCUGCGGGAGACACCAGGAAAGGCGGCAGUGUCUUUGAAAACCAGACACUGGCACAAAUACAAAAGGGAAAAUAAGAUAGUUCAGAAUUUUAUUGUGCAGAUAUAAGGAUGUGGAGAAGACAAGAAAGUAGAUAUCAAGUGUGUAAAAACUAAAAAAUUACAAUUUUAACCAGAGCACCAGGACACACUAGGGGGGGUUCAUAAGGUUUUAACCAGAGAACCAGGACGCACUAGGGGGGGUUCAUAAGGUUUUAACCAGAGCACCAGGACACACUAGGGGGGGUUCAUAAGGUUUUAACCAGAGCACCAGGACACACUAGGGGGGUUCAUAAGGUUUUAACCAGAGCACGAGGACACACUAGGGGGGGUUCAUAAGGUUUUAACCAGAGCACCAGGACACACUAGGGGGGGUUCAUAAGGUUUUAACCAGAGAACCAGGACACACUAGGGGGGGUUCAUAAGGUUUUAACCAGAGCACCAGGACACACUAGGGGGGGUUCAUAAGGUUUUAACCAGAGAACCAGGACACACUAGGGGGGGUUCAUAAGGUUUUAACCAGAGCACCAGGACACACUAGGGGGGGUUCAUAAGGUUUUAACCAGAGAACCAGGACACACUAGGGGGGGUUCAUAAGGUUUUAACCAGAGCACCAGGACACACUAGGGGGGGUUCAUAAGGUUUUAACCAGAGAACCAGGACACACUAGGGGGGUUCAUAAGGUUUUAACCAGAGCACCAGGACACACUAGGGGGGGUUCAUAAGGUUUUAACCAGAGUACCACGACACACUAGGAGGGUUCAUAAGGUUUUAACCAGAGCACCAGGACACACUAGGAGGGUUCAUAAGGUUUUAACCAGAGUACCAGGACACACUAGGGGGGUUCAUAAGGUUUUAACCAGAUUACCAGGACACACUAGGGGGGUUCAUAAGGUUUUCUUAAGAGCGUUUAAGAUUUGUAAUCCACCCACAUCUCUCUGGUUGUUAUACCAACAAGCUCAGUGACCCACAACAUCUCUCUGGUUGUUAUACCAACAAGCUCAGUGAUCCACAACAUCUCUCUGGUUGUUAUACCAACAAGCUCAGUGAUCCACAACAUCUCUCUGGUUGUUAUACCAACAAGCUCAGUGACCCACAACAUCUCUCUGGUUGUUAUACCAACAAGCUCAGUGACCCACAACAUCUCUCUGGUUGUUAUACCAACAAGCUCAGUGACCCACAACAUCUCUGGUUGUUAUACCAACAAGCUCAGUGACCCACAACAUCUCUGGUUGUUAUACCAACAAGCUCAGUGACCCACAACAUCUCUCUGGUUGUUAUACCAACAAGCUCAGUGACCCACAACAUCUCUGGCUGUUAUACUAACAAGCUCAGUGACCCACAUCUCUCUGGUUGUUAUACCAACAAGCUCAGUGACCCACAACAUCUCUCUGGUUGUUAUACCCACAAGCUCAGUGACCCACAACAUCUCUCUGGUUGUUAUACCAACAAGCUCAGUGACCCACAACAUCUCUCUGGUUGUUAUACCAACAAGCUCAGUGACCCACAACAUCUCUCUGGUUGUUAUACCAACAAGCUCAGUGACCCACAACAUCUCUCUGGUUGUUAUACCAACAAGCUCAGUGACCCACAACAUCUCUCUGGUUGUUAUACCAACAAGCUCAGUGACCCACAACAUCUCUGGUUGUUAUACCAACAAGCUCAGUGACCCACAACAUCUCUGGUUGUUAUACCAACAAGCUCAGUGACCCACAACAUCUCUCUGGUUGUUAUACCAACAAGCUCAGUGACCCACAACAUCUCUCUGGUUGUUAUACCAACAAGCUCAGUGACCCACAACAUCUCUCUGGUUGUUAUACCAACAAGCUCAGUGACCCACAACAUCUCUGGUUGUUAUACUAACAAGCUCAGUGACCCACAACAUCUCUCUGGUUGAGGCUCAGCUUUUACAUUGCCUGUAAAAGUUAAUUAACAACUAUGUUUAUUCUUAACAUUAUAACAUUUAUGACACCACUGCUUGUGUUUAUUAUUAUUUUAGAUACUGCGAUGCAGUUAACAUAGGCGAGAAAGAGCAAGACACAAUACCGUGACUUUGUAAAUGGCCGAAGUUGGACCGAAACGUCGUCGUAAGCUCCUCUCUCCUAUGUGCGGGUUAUUUGUGUAUUGUAACA